AUGUUAAGGUUUUUCCUAUUUACAAUUUUCCUUGUUGCAGCCUCGGCUGAACAAGUCAGUGGUAUUUUCACAUCUUUCGACUCAUUGGUAUGGGAAAAAGCGGCCAAUUAUGCCUUUGCAAGUCCUGCUUACCCCAGUUGGAUAGCAACGUUAUCUUGGAAAUUUAAAGGAACCGAGGUGCUGUCUGGUGAUACAUUUAGUUUAACCUUGCCAUGUGUUUUUAAAUUCACUACCAGUCAAACAACUGUUAGCUUGAAUGUUGGACUGACAAAUUAUGCAACCUGUACCUUUAACCCAGGAGAUAUUGUGGUUUCCUUUUCACAAUUGGAAUGUGUGUUCCUAGAUUCAGUUACUUCUCUGACCGAUGCUCACGGUUCAAUUAAUUUCCCAGUUGCAUUUAAUGUAGGUGGUUCUGCUUUGAGUACAGAUUUACAAGAUUCUACUUGUUUCUCCGAUGGUGAAAAUUCAGUGUCUUUCUAUGAUGGUGACAAUAAACUUACAACUCAGGCUAGUUUCUCCGGCGGAUCUACAGAUGAUCCCAAUAAAAUUACAUAUAUUAACAGGGUGGUUCCUUCUUUGAAUAAACAACAACAAUACCUUCUUGGUGGAAAUUGUCCUAGUGGAUAUAAAUCUGGCUCUAUUGGUAUGCAAAUUAGAAACCUGGGAUCUUCAAUUGAUUGUGAUUCGAUCCAUAUGGCAAUUACUAAUUCUUUGAAUGAUUGGUACUUACCUCAAAAUGCUGAUGUUGAUUUUUCAUUCACUUAUACUUGCAGUUCCUCCUCGUUCAUUGUUAACUAUCAAAAUAUACCUGCUGGCUACAGACCAUUCAUCGAUGCUCUCUUUGAAGUUUCUAACGGGGUUAGCGUGUCGGUAAAUUACGUUAAUAACUACAUUUGUACUAGUUCUAGUACAACAACCAAUAAUGGGAAAACUAUUACCUGGAGUGCCUAUGAAAAUAAUGUUGCAGGAGGUAAUGGGGAGGCCGUAGAAGUUGUGACCAGUACCUAUACUGGUUCCACUACCGAAAUAAGUACAAUGCCGUUUGUUAGCUCCCAUGAUCAAACCAAAACUAUUGUUGUCAAUGUUCCAAUACCAACAGUUACUACAACCACUACUUAUGUUGGCGUUUCAACCUCAUUCACUACAAAGACUGCUACGCCGGGUUCAACGGCUACUGUUAUA